UCCAUGGUUCUUUGCUAACACAAGGAGGUUUCAGCAGACAUGGCAGAGGCUAUACUUGGAGAUCAGGACCAGUACAGCUGCUCAAUAUGUUUGGACUUGUUGCGGGAUCCUGUGACCAUUCCGUGUGGACAUAGUUACUGCAUGAGCUGUAUAGGUGAGUGCUGGAAUACAAAUGAUCUGAACGGGACCUAUAGAUGUCCACAGUGCAGACAGACCUUCAAAUCAAAACCUCCACUCAACAGAAGUACAGUGCUUGCUGAAAUAAUGGAGAAACUGAGGAGCACAGAGUCUGCUCAAAGUCUUGCUGGGCCUGGAGAGAUUGCGUGUGAUUUCUGUUCUGGAGAAAUGAUCAAAGCUGUCAAGUCUUGUCUGGAGUGUCGAGCCUCUUACUGUCAAACACAUGUACAACCCCACUAUAAUGUUCCUGCCCUGAAGAAACACAAGCUGGUGAAAGCUGCAGUCAUCCCAGUAUGCCCCAAACAUGACAAGGUCCUUGAGGUUUACUGUCGAACGGACCAGAAAUGUGUCUGCAUGCACUGCUUACUGGAUGACCACAAGGGCCAUGACACAGUGUCAUCUACAAUAGAGCGCAACGAGAAACAGAUAAAACUCACAGACACUCAAACAAAAGUCAAGCAGACAAUCCAGGCAAAAGAAAAAGAGCUGCAGAAGAUGAAUAUGGACAUCGCCUCUCAUUCAGAUUCUGCAAAGAAGGCAGUGGAGAACAGUAAGAAAGUCUUCAGUGAAUUAGUCAAAUUUAUUGAGAAAAAAAGCAAUGAGGUGAUUGAAAAGAUAAAAGCUGAAGAAAAGGCUGAUCUGGAUCAAGGAGCAAAGCUACAAAAGAAGCUGCAGGAGGAAAUUACUGAGCUGAAGAAGAGGGAAGGAGUUCUUGAGGAUCUUCUACAGACAGACAACAACAUCCAGUUUCUUCAGAAUUAUGAGGUUGUGUCCUAUUCUUCUGGGUCUGAUGGCUUCCCCAGUCACUCUUUUAAGCCUUUCUGCCUUUAUCCGGAUGUAAACGAUCUUGUUUGUGAACUUAAAAAUCGGCUGGAGACUAUUUUCAACCAGGAAAUAAAUGAAACUGUUCAAAAAGUUUCAGAUCUGGCCAUAAAGAACAAUCCAGUCUGCAUUAAGGUUGGAGACAGAGUCAGAGUGAAACCUUCUAUUAAAACCCCAAAAUAUGAUUGGGGUAGUGCUAUCACACAUAAGAGUGUGGGAGUGGUAAAAGAUAUUAAAAGUGAUAAGUGUUUGGUUAUUGACUUUCCUGGAUUUGCAAGCUGGAGAGGACUUCUUUCUGAAAUUGAGCCAGUAACUGAUGAUGAUGAGGGUGGAUCUUCAACUCUCAACUGCAAGAUUAAAAUAGGAGACAAGGUCUACGUGAAGCCAUCUGUAGAAACGCCCAAAUAUCUAUGGGGUUCAGUCAGCCAUAAAAGCAUUGGCAGUGUCAUAAAUGUGCAGGGUGAGACUGUGACAGUAAAUUUCCCUGAGCAGGAAGGUUGGCUUGGUGAAGUUUCUGAAAUGGAGCUUGUAGUCAGUGCUGAUUUAGGGUCCCCCAGUCAUGCCUACUUACAAGAUAGGGAAACAGAGUCAGUGUGAAAUCUUCAGUGAAAGAUCCAAAACAUGGAUGGGGAUCAAUCACACAAAACAGCAUCGGUGUCAUUAAAAGAAUUCAGGGCGAGUCUUUGACUGUAGAGUUCCCUGAGCAGACGGAUUGGACUGGUAUCGCUUCAGAAAUGGAACUCAUAAACGGUGAUGUUUCAGAAGUGCUCAGUUUAAGGCCUGGAGUGAGGGUCCGUGUUAAACCCACCAUCAGAACUCCAGCACAUGGCUGGGGAAGUGUCACCAAGCACAGCAUUGGAGUGGUUGAAGG